AUGGGUAAAAAACGCAGCGCCAACGAUCGACGUCGAGUGCGCGGCAUGCCCGGGCAAGCACCAGCUGAGCGGGAGCGUCGGCUGAUUCGGCACAAGGAAAGGGAACUACGCGCUGGAUUGCUACGUUUGCGCGCGCUCGAUCGUGUCGACUACGUUGCAGCUGUCGACGAGAGCGACGCGUGUUUCCGGGAAGUGCGUCGACUCGCUGUGACGCCAAAAGGACUCGUGUCGGACGAGUUUCGAAAGGAAUUGUGGCCGUUUCUAUUGGGUGAAAGUGGCGCCAGCCACACAACGCGAUUGGCGGAUACGAUUCUCAAUGGGAAGAGCUCUGCUGAAGCCCAUCGGGAUGCCGCGCAAGUGGAGAAGGACGUGGAGCGAUCGCUGUGGCACUAUGACGUGUUGCAAGGGAUGAAAGAAUCGGAGCGUCGCGUGAAGCGCCAGGCAUUGAUGCAGCUGAUACUGCACGUCCUGGACGCAAACGACGAGCUGUUUUACUUCCAAGGGUACCACGACAUUGUGUCGGUGUUUCUACUGACGCUGGGCACGUCGGACACAACGUUGCGCGUUCUUCAGAAGGUGAGCGAGACGUACCAUCGCGAGACCAUGCGGGAAGGACUGGAGCACGUGAUGUCUAUCACGCGGUUACUGUUUCCACUGCUGAAUGCAGCGGAUGAGCUGCUGGUCCAGCAUUUGCACGAGUCUGGGGUGGAGCCUUAUUUCGCUUUGCCCUGGAUGAUUACGUGGUUCGCGCACCAGCUAAAGCGCUUCGAAGAUGUGGCUCGCUUGUUUGACGUGUUUCUCGUGACUCACCCGCUCUUCAGUCUCUACGUGUCCGCCGCGGUUUGUCUGGAGUCGAGAGAGGCGAUUCUCCGAUGCGAAUGCGAUUUUGGCACGAUGCAUGGCAUGCUGUCGAAUUUACCACUUUCUAUGGACAUCGAGAAGGUGAUUGCACGCGCUCUUGUCUUGUUCCACCAGUUGCCGCCAACGCAGCUCCAACAGCGAUGUGAAGUGGAGAUCGCCUCAACCACCAGCUCGAAUGUGUUCACUGUCGAGUUUCCUUACGAGUACCAACCGUGGCCAAGUGUAACUACACCCAUGUUAGAGGAAGUUUUGCCAUUACCUCCUCGUCGGUCAAGUGACGGAAACAAAGCGGGUUUCGUAAUGGUCUCUUGGCAGGUUUCUACUGUCGUCGCGGCUGUAUCAAUUGGUGUCAUGGGGGUAGCGUCUGCGUACUUCCUUCGUGAUCAAGCCGGAUAG